UAUGGUCGACUUGUGUCAAUGGAGAGCAAGUAUUGGACUUUGGAACUGCUCUCAGACUCGUUGUCAGACGACGUCAACGCUCAGUAAACCAUCUAAUAGGAACUGCUUUCACUCAUUCAGUUUUCUAAAGCCUCUCCAGAAGGCACCGUUUAACCUACCACUGAAAGUUUACUUUUUUGCCGCUGUCCUCCUACUUCUUCUUCUUCCCAUCUUCUAUUUAUCUUCGUAUGUAAAGCUCGAGUCUCACUCUGGGUAUCACUAUACUUCAGGUACAUGCAUCACUGUUCAUUGUCACUCGAUUCAAGCACCAGUAUGUUGCACUACUCUGAGCUACAUGUACACGUAUAUACAGCCACCAGUAUUGGCAGAAGACACCAUUGACAGUUUAAGAUUAUUUUAUCAAUUAGUUUUCUUCCUCCUCCUAUUAUCAGGCGAUGUUGAGAUUAACCCCGGUCCUAAGAUUGAUGAUCAACCUAGUGUUCCUUUGUUGCUUGAAUUACUUAAGCCACUUGUUGACUGGAAAUUAUUUGGCCUUCAUUUACCUGGAAUGACACUUGAUAUUAUUGAAACAAUAGAAGAAUCAGAAAAUGAUAUUAAUCUUCAAAAAGAAAAACUUUUCAGGGAGUGGCUCAUUAAAAAUGCAAACACAACUUGGAAAGAUGUCAUUUCAGCAUUGAAAAGGAGAAAGGAGUUUGAACUGGUGGAUCUUAUUAAUAAUCUAUUGGAAUCACAAGAGUAUUCAGGUAAUGAAGAUACUGUACCAGUGACACCAUCAUCAUCAGUUUCUGCUGUUAAUGCUGGCACUAUGCCCAUUUCUUGUGCUAAAGAAGGUAACACUCCUAGUGCUAUUUUGAGGAUGAAUUAUGCUACUCUUGUGGAUGCUAUUACUUCUUGUCUUUACAGAGUAACACAUGAACUAUAUGCUAAAGAACUGAUACCAAUGGAAACUAUUAAUCAUAUUCAAACAGCAAAAGGAAUAUCUGAUUUACGUAAAACUGGUCAAUUAGUGUCUGUAAUACAAAGGCAAUUGGAAUGUUCUUAUGAUCCUCGUCAAUAUCUUAUUGAUACUUGUCAUGUACUAAUGAAUCAGCGUCACAAAUCACUGGUAGAUAUUGCUACUUCUAUAUUACUCAAGUUAAAAGUACAUGUACAUGUAGGUGAGUAA